AUGAUGUUCCCUGUGCAACUUUCCAUAUUCAGCUUUAUAUUAUACUCCUGGCAAUAUCCCGAAAACGUAAAUGAAUUCGGCACAUCAUGGAACCAUACGGCGAAGCAAAAUGACACUGUCGGCGUCAGGAUCAGUAGAUUGCUCACGGUUGAAUUGGAUAUGCAAGCACCACCACCAAAUAAUACAUUACUAACCAGUCCUGGUAAGGGUCAAGAUAAAAAAGUCGCAUCGGGGCAAAAGCCAGGCAAGUCCGGUAAACCAAAAUCGAAGGUUGGUGAAGCAGGCUCCUUGCCACCAUCCUCACAGAAUGAAGUACAAAGUGAAAACAAGGAAAAGAAGCCAAAAGAAACUACAGUGAAGAGUGGAACGGAUAAGCAAACACCAGAACAGAAUAAAGGUCCCGUUAGUUCUAGCGGAGGCCCAGUGAAAACAACUGCGACGGAUGGGAAGUCGGGAAAACCAGAUGCUAAGGUUGGAUCACAGGGGUUAUUAGUAGCUUCAGAAAAGAAGGAACAAGUUGAAAACACGCCCGAGAUACCCAGGGGACUUUGUAGUACACUAGCGCGAACUAUAUGCAGGAAUAAAUGGUGGAUCCCGCCCACUUUGGCUAUACUUGGAUUCUAUGCAGCAAUGUUGUGCAUGCACAGUGGCUUAAUAGGUAAGCUCAAGUACACAGGCACAUCGGGGGCUGUUGGCAUAUCCUUGGGUGCAGUUACGGGAAGCAUAGGACUCAUGCUCCUGAUCAUGCUAAUUCGUUUCUACUACCGAAGGGGAAAAGCAAAAGUCCAGAAGAAACCUUUGACAGACAAAAUUUUAUCAAAGGAGGAUCAGAAGCCUCAACUACCCGAAAAACCGGAAACACCUAAGAGCCCGGAAGCACCUAAGAAACCAGAGGUAUCUGAGAAGCAGGAAGCACCUAAAAAGACAGGAGAGUCCGAGAAACCGAAAGAACCUAAGAAACCGGAAGUAUCACAGAAACCGGAAACACCUAAAAAACCCGAGAUACCGGAGAAGUAUGCACGGAGUUUGUCCGAGGAAUCCCUUCUUUAUGAUGCUUAUACAUUCAACGAUGACGAGUACAUCCUCGAAAAUUAUUACCCUCCCGAAAAUGGCUACAAUGGUAUAGACGAGGCGUGGUACUCAGAAGAGGAGAUGCCCGCAAUGGAUACUUGCGUGCAGUGCCAGAUCCACAGCGGGCCCGAUGAGAAGUACAGAUAUUAUAGCUGGCCCGUUAUGCAGCAAAGCAACUGGGAAGAGGAGCAAUAUGAUAAUUGGAUUGAUGAUAUGAUGCGUGAACUGAACCCUGAAUGGUACAGCCAACCGGAGGAACAAGAAAUUUGUAGCGACCCCGAGGAGCCGCAGCUUGACUCGUCGGACAGGGACAAGGAUAAGGAGUCCAAUCCCCAGGAACGCAAUGAAGACUCUUCGCAACGAAGCUCUGCAGUACACGCGAUGCAACAGUCCGUGCCAACUGUGUCCUACUGGAGGAAACAUGCCCUGGAAAAGUAUCAAAGAAAGCUUCCACGCGGUUGCACCAUCCAUGACCUUCCGAAGAAUAUGACGUACAAUCAAACAUUGAACAUUGCGUAUACAUAUCUUUUCUGGAUUCAUAAAAAUAAGGCACUUGCUUUAUAUUUUUACCAUGGAGUCCAUUCAGAAAGGAAGUACUUAGCCAUGGUAGACUAUCUGAAGAAGUGGUUUUUCGACUUCGCUGAAGCCAAUAAUUUGCCUGAUAAGUACAGGUUAAAGUGGUGGGAAGUAUGCAAAGCGGAACUUAUGCUUGAUUUGGACUUCAUUCAAAAGAAAUAUGAAGAUUCCUUUAGCGACAUUUUUGAUACAAAGAGAGCAAUAUAUAUGUGGGCCGUAUCAUUUGAAGAUAUAGUAGUCCGUUUUAACGCAACAGUACAAGAAUAUAUUAUGCGAAACAAGGACAAGUGGAUGAAUAUUUUAACCGAGAGAGUCAAGAGGUACAAUGCAGGACCAAAUGGAAAACGCAGUACUCAGGGGAAAUAG